AUGAACACCGAAGAUUGGAACAGACCCGAAGUGGUCCAGCUUAUUAAUCGGUACAUACAGGAGUUCCAUGUGACGCUCGACCAAUUAAGAAGAGAAAUUGAACAAAUCACGGGAAGAGAACUAACAAUAUCUGAAUUGCGAAGUCAUUUGCGAAAAGUUCGAAGGGAAACAGGUGCCUACGACGAUCCGAACGAACAGGGCCCAUCUUCCUCGAGAAGAUAUGAACGUAAUACGUCGACUAGUGCAGUUCAACGAAGGGGAAGAAGAGUCGAUAUUGUUGACGUGAUGGUUUUCUUACGACGUCUUCAAUAUGGAAACGUAAGACAGAGACGAUCAACCCGCACUGGUACUAAUACUAAAGGCCCUAGUAGUAGUCGCAAACAGCCUACUCGCCGCAUUACCUUAAACCAACAAAUUGUACGAAGCUAUCAAAAUCGCAGGUACAAGGCACGGAGGAAAUACCUUGUUGAAAAAAGACGUAAGGAAGCAUUAAAUAAGGAGUCGACAGCGUCAGAUACUGCAACAACAGCAACAACAGCAACAACUACAGAAACAGAAUCAGAAACGAUGCAAUCAACAGAAACAGAAACAGAAACAGAAGAAACGAUAAUAACAAUGCCAGAAACAGAAGCAGAAGCAAUAACACCAAUGCCAGAAAUAGAAACAGAAGCAAUAACACCAAUGCCAGAAAUAGAAACAGAAGCAAUAACACCAAUGCCAGAAAUAGAAGCAACAACAACAGUGACAGAAACAGAAGAAACAGCAACAAUGACAGAAACAGAAGCAACAACAACAAUGACGAAAACAAAAUUAGCGACAUGGAGAAUAACUGAUGAAGAGUUAGAAUAUCGAGGGAGAAGAACACCGGUUUUAACUGAAGCGUGGUUGUCACCAAGAGUAACGACACCAAACACCUUUGACGAAGCAGAGCCAGCAGGUUCAUCAAUGAUGGCAGAGAUAAUGGGAGGGAUGACAUCUAGCAUGAAUUUGCAACAAGAACUAUGGACGACACCUAGCAGGAAUUUGGGACUAGAAGAAGAACUAUGGACGACACCUAGCAGGAAUUUGGAACUAGAAGAAGAACUAUGGACGACACCUAGCAGGAAUUUGGAACCAGAAGAAGAACUAUGGACGACACCUAGCAGGAAUUUGGAAUUAGAAGAAGAUAUAUGGACGACACCCAUCAGGAAUAUGGAACUAGAGGAACCAGAGGAAACAACAGAGAUGGCAACAUUAGCAGAUCCAUGGUAUAGGGAAGAUGACGAAGGAUCACAUUUUGAUAAUUAA